GCGAGAUAUUCCGAUAACAAAGGCGGGCUCUUUGAAAAUGAAAAACAUUCCCGUUUAAAGUUCGAAUCAGAUUCUUUUUGAAUACUAAUAAAAGUUGUAGUUUAGAAAUUCGUGGGUCAUGUCAGCCAUGAGACAACGAGAGGUGCUGUCACCCAUCGUAACCACACCAAAUAUACCUCAUCGCCAGAAUUCACAGUCAUCUGUUCAUUCCCCCUCAAUAGCUAAAUUUUCAAGUGUAAGCAGUCCAUCCACAUUACUAAUGGAGCAGCAAGAUGACGAGCAGGAGAGGAAAGCCCGGCGUAGGUCCCGUGUUAUGGACCUACAGAGAAAGAAUAUGGGCUCUCCUAGCUCUCCUGCGGACAGGAGAAAAUCAUUGCCUCUUCAAAACUUUACAACUGCUCAACUCACAGAACACUACACAAGCUGUAUAAAGCUGUCGGCAGAAAAUAAAAUCAAUGCCAAGAAUGCAUUCGGCCUUCACUUGAUUGACUACAUGUCUGAGCUGCUGAAAAAGAAAGAGUUAGAAAACUUCCAAGUUGCAAGCACCACUCUUGAUGCCAGUGCCAAAAUCUACGCGGGAAGGGUGGACGCCAUCCAUGCAGAGACAUUCAAGGUUCUCAGUGGUCUGGGGCGAACAGACAAGAAAAAACAGACUGAAGAUGGUGAGGAGAUGGAUGAGGGUGGAGAAGAUGUCCCAGGGGAGGACAGGGGAGAGGAGAAACAGAAAAAGAAGAAAAAGACAAGAAAGAGUAAAACCGUGGAGACCAAUAUUAAGAAUUUGAAUGUGAAAAAGUUUGAUCUGGAAUUUGAGGUUGACCCACUGUUCCAAGUGAUGUCCGCUGCUUUCGAUGAGGGUGGCAGUAGUGGCUUGUUGCUCUCCAAUCUCCGCACAUUCGACAACACCCUGCGCCUUGUGCUGGACUCGAACACCCUGGUUGCUCCAACAGACGACCUUGACACUUCAAGGAUAGAGGAACGGCGGGAAAAUGUGGAUGUGUCUGAUUUUCCGGGUUUGUGCAGAGGUUUACAUCAUAAUGAGCAGAUGUCUCCACUCCAAGUGUGUCCUGCCUUUUCCACAUACAGAUUUACUAACUGGGACUCCUCAGAUCAGAGUUCAUUACCGGGCCUGUCUUCGUCACAAGAGGAACACAGAUUCGAUAUGGACGCAGAGCCUGAGCCAAUCCCUGAAGGAGAUGAUGACAAUAUGUCGAUAUUUGGUGGCGGUGAUGGCAUUAUGGAUGAUGUUGAAGAUGUAGCAGACACAAAUCUUGAUGAAGAUAUGGGUACAGACAACUGUAUAGGUGAUGGGAAGGCUGCCAAACUGGUUCAGUCAGUACUACAAGACAUGACGCAUGGUACAACAGGAACCCUGAUGCAGGUUCUCUCAACAGAGCCCUCAGACUACUCGUAUUUUAACAAGGCUCUUCUACGCUCCUGGGCCGGGCCUGCACAUUGGAAAGCUGGGCACCUGUCCAAAGAAUCUUGGAAAUCAACAGUUUUAUCAAAAAAGGACAAGACAAAAGGAAAGAAGACUGUGUUUAGAAUAGACUUUGACGAAGAAAUAGAUUUUGAUUCAAAGUUUAAACUGUCAAAAGGAACAGCAUUAACCAAAAAUACAUUGAAUAAAUACAGCAAAGAUCAGACUACGCUACCUAAGGAUCACCAUUAUGAUGCGGACAAGCUGUUUAGAUUGUUCUUGUUACGAAAGAAAAUGAUACGUCGACAGAAAUCCAGUGCAGAUGUUGACGAUGCCAUUGAAAAUUAUGAUUAUGAAAACAUUAACGACAGGGAGAAUUACUGUCCUAAUGAUGAGAAUGUAGAUGAUGACAAUGACAGUGGCGAUGUAGACUUUGGAAACUUUGUUGCGGCAGGAACAGACUUUAAUUCUGAAUCAAGCUCAUCCCAGGAUCCGUUUUCUCAGAGCCAGGACACAUUUACACAGGCUAACCCUGGCGACGGCACUCUUCUUACAGGGAAUACACUACUUGCUCAGCCUUAUAAGGUGGCCAAGAUAGACAUAGACUAUGCAAAGACGGCCAAGAAACUAGAUGUGAAGCGACUCAAGUCAUCCAUGUGGCAUUUGCUCAAGGCCUCUCCAAAAACAAGCGAUCAGCCACAAGGAACAGAAGAAGGGAACGAAAACAACUCUGCGAGUGUGGAACCGAGCCCUGGGCCUAGCAGUGAGAAUAAAGAGAUGCAGGGGCAAACAACCUUCCAGAAAUUGCUUGAUGAUCUGCCGGAAAAAGUCUCUGGACAGACGGCAAAAAAUCUUAGCGUCCCCAUUGCGUUUGUGUGUCUACUGCAUCUUGCGAAUGAAAAGACAUUAAAGAUUGAGACAAUGAACAUGGAGGACCUACUGAUUACCCAGGGACUCUGAGGAUCACAUCAAUGUCACAGGGGUGAUAAUGUUCAGGAUUAAUCCAAAAUUCAGGAUUUACAACAUUCAGACUAUCGUACAGUUGUUAACUAAAUUUAUUGCUGGCGUAUACAUUGAAAUAGUAAGAAGUACCUUGAAAUGGAUAUAAAUGGCUUUGGAAACAAUUUCAACAGGGGUGUUAGUCCCUAAACCCUGAUUGGACUAUGACUCCCUCAUACUCAAACUAAAUUUUCAGGGUUGGGAUAUUUGGUCUGUUAUUAUCCCUGAUAUGAAUACUGACAGGAUUUGAAAUAUGCUGCAUAAAACCAGGUGAAAAGGAUAAUCUUCAUUGAUGGCAACCAAGAGAAUUUAUACUGAAAAUAUCUGAUAGAAAAUUAAGCCCAAUUUGAUACCAGGUGAUAACCUAACAAGACUAAGUGAACGUCUGUUUUUACUGUUCAAAUUAUAUGGCGCAGGCUAUAUCUAGAGACCUAAGCACACCUAGAAAUAGGACUUCAACCAAUACAUGUAUAGUGUUAUUAGUGUAAAGUUGACAUUCAAGUUAUUGUUUGAAAUAAACAUCUUAUUAAUGUUUUUAACAACCAAUGGUGCCAUGGUUCUGAAAGGAAAAUGAGUUUCUGUAUGUAGAAAUAAGUAAUGAACUUGAAAAUAUACAUGUAGUGUGUCCAAAGGCCUACAUGUUUGGAAUAAAAGUUUAAAUUGUGCUAUUAAACAACAUAAGAAUGAUCCAAUUCAGCUGAAAAUAAAUUUGUAUGAAACAAUGUGUGACAUCCAAGCUGUAAAUGAAAAAUUGGAGGCGAAUUUUACAGCUGUUUGCAAUAGUGACUAUGAACAGUUUAAAAACUAGUGAUUGAAAAGCAAUGAUUUGAAAAAGUACAAAACAUGGAGGAAGUUGUUUACUUUUCAGUGCUAAAAUAUUAAAGUUUGUACAAAUGUAAACAUGAAAUUAUGUUUUUUAAACACCUAUGGCAGAUUUCAGAAGUGUUUGCAUAAAUGCAAUUAAAACCUGAAGAAAGGAGCGAGACUUUUGAAACAGGAGUGUGUUGCGUAUAACAUUUGUGCCUUCAACCCAAAGGUCAAUGUCAGUGGAGCCCAAGAGGGAUUUCAGAGUAAUAAAUUGUGUAACUACUGUAUUUUGAUUCUAUGACUGAAAAAAGUUAGUGAGACUUCUCCCAAGUCUCCGGUGACUGAUGAAAACAAUUUAUAGAUACCACUAAUUGUGUUCAACAUGUGUAACGGAAUUCAGGGAGGCAUUGGCUUAAUAUUCUCAUCUGUCAUUACUUCGUUACUUAAUUAUUUUUCAUGACCAUUCAUUGCUGUAUAUUGAUUAUUCUAGUAAAAAAAGGUGUUUCAUUGUAAAUCUGUAUUGUACACUUUUCAAAGAUCUUUCGAGGCCUUGGUGUCCUUCAUGGCAAAGGCAGUGUUGUCGUUCGCAAACAUUGGCCAUAACUCUAAAACUAUUCAAGAUAUCAAAUAAACCUUGAAACAUAUGUUGCAGGAGGCAAUACAUACAUGUACAGAAAAGCCCAUAAAACUGGCUUUAAUAAUAGAAAACUGAUGUCCCUUGUUCGACUGAGAAUACAACCACACCCAAUAAUACAAGCAUUGGCUUUGCCAUGCCCUGAUUGUUAUGUUUCAAUACAUUGCAUCACAUUUAUUUAUAGACUGGUAGAUACCCUUUUUAUAUAUAUUAAUAAUUCAUUUUAUGUUAGGGUUGCGAUGAAUUUUGUUUCUAUGAUGAUUAUCAUCAUUAUUGUGUAUUUUUAUCUGUUUUAAUUAAUUUAUUUGUCACAUGCCCUUAAUUAAUGAUCAUGGUCAUCAUCUGCCAUUAAUAAAUGUUCAUGGUCAUCAUAUUUUUAUGCCAUUUAUUAAUUAAUGUUCAUGGUCAGCAUUGUAAAUAUAUCAUAUAUAUGUACAUUGUUUUAACUAAUAUAUAUAUAUACAAUAAGGAUCAUUGUAAUAUUUUCUGUAUUUAUAUAAAGGAUUACACAAACAAAUUGUCCUAAAACAAAUAUUUUACCUUGAAAUUCUAACAGCUGUUGCAUCAGGAUUCCUAUGAAUGAAUUUGUACAUAGGAGAGAUUUGAAACAGUGCAGUACUGGGACAAAAUGCUCCUAGGAUUCUUGAUAAAACACUAUCUAUAUCUUACACUUUUUCUUAUGUGACUAAGAAAGAAAACAAAAUGCAUACUAUUUUUGUCAUUAUAGGGGUUUAAAAAGACAUUGAAUUCUGUAGUUUAUAAUUUAUUUGAACUCAAUGUUCAUAAUCAACAUGACUAUUGACAUGGCAUGUUGUAUCUCAAUAAAUGUGUAUUUGACUAUUGGCUAACAGCAACAAGCAGUGAUAGUUGUAACUAAAUUUAAGCAACAGGUAAUUUGUCAGUGUUUCACAUCAUUUAAAAGAAAGCAAACUAUGUUUUAUGUAGCCAUAGCCUUCAAACCAUGCCAUGGUGCCUGGAUUUGUACUCACAUGAAACAUUGGCGUCAUAUUUUCCACUUAUGUCAUUUUUAGCUUGUCUGUUCUUCAAUGAUAAUUUUUUAGACUUUAUGCAAAAUCUGUGGCAAAAACCAAAAAUAACAUUCAAAUGAAACUUGGUUUACAUAAUACUGUAGACGGUAUGCUCAUGUAUAGCAAGGUGCAUAAAUAUUUCUUUAAUUAUUAUUGAGUUAUGCCCUUGUUCAACUGGAAAUCCCUCCAAAAUAAACUGACAAGUGUUGUAUUUCAUUCCGAGGCUCUCUUGUUACUCGAAGACAUGUUACUGCUUGUUGCUGUUAUCAACUGUUUGUAUCAAUGUAUGUAUGAGUCUUUUUGUUUCUCUGACAUGCUUUGAAAUUGUUGACUUUGUUAGCGAUUAUCUCGUCCUGUUUCUUCAUUUGUCUAUCCUACACAUUACAUAUUACCAACACUUCAUAAGAAUAUAUAUUUUAAAUAUACAUAUGGUACAUUACCAAACAUUUCUCCAUCAUAAUGCUAUUAUUAUGUUAUUUUCCUUCUCAAGUACCAAGUGUUGAUUUUGAAAGUAAUUGCAAAUGGAAUAAAUGUCAAAAACGA